AUGGCGCAAUUCGGAGCCUUUUAUGUGAACACAAAUUGUAAAAUUCCGAAGGAGGUGGUUUUAGCAUAUCCUAUCGAUGCCUGCUCACCUCUUCAAAAUCAUUCCACCUAUGUAGAUGAGUCAAAUAGUGAGAAUCAUUACAAAGACAAACUUGUGCUUGUAACCAGAGGACAAUGUGCAUUUAUUCAAAAAGCUCUUUAUGUUGAGCAAGCAGGAGCAGCUGGAAUGAUUGUUGUUAACAGUGAGAAUGGAGAAAUGCAUUUGAUGAGUGAUGAUGGAACCGAUGCAGGCAAUUUAAUAAGAAUUCCAUGUGUUUUAAUUCCAUACGAUCGAGGUCAACAAAUAAUGUAUUACAUGGAAUUAAGAAACCAGGAAAUAGAACGAGAGAAACAAAGAGAGGUGAAAAUGCAGAACGUUCCAACAAGCCCAAACAUGGAUAAUUUAUUCUCAUCCAUAUGGAUCAGACCUAAAGUGACUGCUGCAUUGGGAUACUGCUCUACCUUGGAUUUCCACUUCUUUUAG